UAGUCUGUCUUCACCGAUAGCGGAAAGUUUUGCCGCAAGAUUCGCUCCGCGGAGAGAUUUCAGAGCGCGGAGUUGUUCUUCAGUCCGUUGUUGUUUGGUGCCGCUAUCGACUCGUGCAUAUUGUGAGGUUCGCAUUACAAACUGUUGCAUAGGGCACUAAUAAUAUCAUCUGCACAAAUCCACAUCAGGAAAAUGUACACGGGUCGCUUAACCAGGAUCGCGAGGGCGGCACUCAGUCCCAUGAAGUAUCGCUACACUCGUCUGGCCUCAUCUUCGACGGGGUUGUGGUUAUCACAUGCUCAACCCGGUAGUCAGAUUGCGGGCAUGCGACGAGCUCUUCAGACUUCGGACAGGCCGAGAAGAGCAACGUUCACGGACCGUAGCCAGUUGAAAUACGCGCGACGUUUGGUCGUCAAGCUGGGAAGCGCGGUAAUAACUCGAGAAGACGAGCAUGGCCUGGCUCUAGGUCGCCUGGCUUCGAUCGUCGAACAAGUAGCUGAGUGUCAGAAUGAGGGACGUGAGUGCAUCAUGGUAACCAGUGGAGCUGUAGCUUUCGGAAAGCAAAAGCUGACCCAGGAACUUCUCAUGUCCCUCUCGAUGCGCGAGACGUUGAGUCCCGCAGAUCACACUCGGGAGCACGCAGGUACGCUGCUGGAGCCUCGAGCGGCUGCUGCAGUCGGACAGUCCGGGCUAAUGUCCCUCUACGAUGCCAUGUUCGCACAAUACGGAGUGAAGCUGGCUCAAGUACUCGUUACCAAGCCCGAUUUUUACAACGAAGAGACUCGCAAGAAUCUUUUCAGCACACUUAGCGAGCUGAUCAGUCUGAACAUAGUGCCGAUUAUAAAUACGAACGAUGCCGUUUCUCCGCCGCCUCAAGCCGACGAGGAGGUCGCCGGCUCCGGAGGUCGGAGAGGGAUCUCGAUCAAGGACAAUGAUUCCCUGGCGGCGAUGUUGGCGGCGGAGGUACAAGCGGAUCUUUUGAUCCUGAUGAGCGACGUGGAUGGAAUUUAUAAUCUACCACCAUGGCAAGACGGUGCUAAACUGCUGCGUACCUUCAGUUCCGACCAGAGGGGCAAUAUUAAAUUUGGACAGAAGUCCAAGGUCGGAACCGGUGGCAUGGACUCCAAGGUAAACGCGGCGACGUGGGCGCUGGACCGGGGCGUUUCGGUGGUAAUAUGCAACGGGACGCAGGAGAAAGCGAUCAAGAGUAUAAUGGCGGGUCGGAAGAUCGGCACCUUUUUCACGGACACCAGCGGACCGUCGGCGCCUGUCGAAGUCGUCGCGGAAAACGCCCGGACUGGAAGUCGAGUCAUGCAGUCUCUGCGCCCGGAGGAAAGAGCCAGCGCUAUAAAUACUCUGGCAAAUCUGCUCGAGUCAAGGCAAGGUGACAUAUUGGAUGCGAAUAACAAAGACUUGGAAGAGGCGCAAAAGUCCGGGGUGGCGAAACCGCUGCUCUCGCGACUGUCCCUGACACCAUCAAAGUUGAAAUCGUUGAGCGCCGGUCUGCGUCAGAUAGCCGACAGCUCCCAUCAGAACGUUGGUAGGGUUUUGCGGAGAACCAAGCUUGCCGAAGGAUUGGAAUUGAAACAGAUCACUGUCCCUAUUGGUGUUCUCCUUGUCAUAUUCGAAUCACGACCUGACAGUUUACCGCAAGUCGCAGCUCUAGCGAUGUCUAGUGCGAACGGGCUGCUACUCAAAGGUGGGAAAGAGGCGGCUCACAGCAACAAGUACCUCAUAGAGCUCGUCAAGGAGGCCUUAAACACUGUCGGGGCGUCGAACGCGAUUUCUCUGGUUUCAACCCGUGAGGAAAUAGGCGACCUUCUCUCCAUGGAAAAGCAUAUUGAUCUCAUUAUUCCCAGGGGGAGUUCCGAGCUUGUCAGAAGCAUCCAGGAACAGUCUAAGCACAUUCCAGUUCUGGGACACGCUGAAGGGAUAUGCCACGUGUACGUUGACAAGGAUGCCGACAUUGAAAAAGCGUUGAAGAUAGUUCGUGACUCCAAGUGCGACUAUCCGGCGGCCUGCAAUGCUAUGGAAACGCUCCUGAUACACGAGGAGCACUUAAAUGGCACAUUCUUCGCUGAUGUUUGCAACAUGCUCCAAAAGGAAGGAGUCAAGAUCAACUCGGGGCCGAGGCUUCGACAGCAGCUGACGUUUGGUCCACCGGCUGCAAAGAGCAUGAAGACGGAAUACGGUGCCCUCGAGUGCACCAUCGAGGUUGUUUCGGACUUGGAAGAAGCUAUAAACCACAUUCACCGAUACGGCAGUAGUCACACCGAAGUUAUCGUCACGGAGGACAGUCGGAGUGCGGCGCACUUCCAGCGUCAGGUUGAUAGCGCUUGCGUCUUCCACAAUGCCAGCAGCAGAUUCGCGGAUGGCUUCAGAUUCGGCUUAGGCGCAGAGGUCGGCAUUUCCACGGCACGCAUUCACGCUCGAGGCCCUGUCGGUGUUGACGGUCUUCUGACGACAAAGUGGAUCCUGCAUGGUGACGGUCACGCGGCCUCCGAUUUUGCUGAAAAUGGGACACGAACAUUCGUGCACGAGUCACUUCCUCUCCAGGACGCAUGAAUAAUUUUGGGCCCUGAUGAACCUCAUUACAUUGUGACUGCUGACCGUUGGCGAUAUCGGCACGGCAACGCUUGGAAUCUUAGGGUCUACAUACGACGAUUCGUUGAAUUCAUUCAAAGUUAUCUUUUUAAAAAAAAGCGAUCGGUCAGUACUUGAUUGCAAAUUGUGUUCUUACAACUUUAAUAAAAUCACGAAAAUAAGAUUUGAGGACUGAAGUUUGACAAAUUCGAAAACAAAAAGGCGAUUAUGAUUAGAAUGACAUGAACGUGGAAGAAUUUCGUUUCAAAGCGAGAUAUUUUUCGUUGUUUGAUUUAUAUCUAGCAGUUGAAGGGUUGUAGAUUACAUACUACUACCAGAAAAGCUAAGACAAGUUACAAACUAGAUGUCAGAUUUUAUUGUAUAAAGUAGAGAGUCUACGUAUAUUUUGUAUGAUAGAAUAUUGUAAAAUAGCGUAUCACAUAAGUGUGUACAGUCUAGCAGCUAAUGAAAAUUGCAGCGUAGGUAUUAUAAGUAGGGAAAUUGUUAUAUUUUUAUAAGUAUAUUUACAACGGAUGAGGCGUAUGCGCAACAAUGGUACCAAAGAUUUGCAACGAAGCGUACACAAGAUCAAUCAAUCAUCUUAUCAAUUUGGAAUACAUUUAUUGACAUUGUUCUGGUCAUAAUGAAAUAAACAUGCGCUUAUUACAUGCCUAUACUACGUACUCUAUAAUUUAGCGACAAUUAUAGCUAAUUCGUUGAUCAUUAGGCUGGAUUUUCACGGGUUCCAGAUUGACGCAACGGCAAAAUGCCGCGAGACUAAACUACGUGGUUGAGUCAGUGGUUCUCGAUUUCGUUUAUUAUUGUAAAAAUUGAAACAUCUAGGAUUGUUGAUUGGAAGUGUGAACGAACGGAGAAAUUGAAUCAGGGAGAAGGGAAUCGAAUAAAACGGUAGCAGUUUUGCGAGGCAUAAAAAUAACGUCCAAAAUUCAUUCUCAUUAUUCCAGAAUCGUGAACUCGUGGAUAAUUAAUACAUCUUUGCCUACGUUUAUUACCGCAUAGUCCGUACUGAAAAUAUUACCGUGCGUCCAGGGCCUUACUUCUGAACAAUAAACAACGAUAAAACAGAUAUCACCAUAUGAUUCAUUUCAAUGAAUUACAUGUAUUACGAUUCUAAUAUGAUGAGAAUGAAUUAGAUUAUUGUCAUAUAUCUCGAACAGCUAUUCAUGGAGCGUAUAGACAAGCUCUAUGGAAUACGCUGCGCGCAGCGGAGAAAGUGGUACAGCCGACAAACGUGGAAAUUUCUUAACAUUUCUUGAGCUGUUGAUCCUUUGCUGUUUUACAUAUUUAUUUUGCGUUUCCCAGGGUCCGAUUUGUCCUCAGAAAUUGGAAAAAAGCCCGAUUUAUCCUAUGAACAACGGAUUAGAAGUUAAGGCCGCUAUACAUGGAAUUUGGAGAGGGAUUUCGAAAAGGUGGAGUAGAAAAAUCACAAAUUCACAGCUAAAAAUUUUUAUUUAUUCAACAUACCUUAUUAAAAUACAAAUGUUUGUGUGUCACUAUGUAGUAAUUUCACAAAUUAACAAUCAGAAUAAAAGUGAAAGAUAAAGAGGACUGCAAAAAUUUGAUUGAGCAUUACGUACGAAAUCUGAAUCUUACGGGUGUACCUAUAUGAGUAUGCAAUAUACGUUGUCAUUAGGUGAAUAUGAAAGAAACUGUAACAGAAAACUGUAACUGAGAUAAAUAUUAUCUCAGUUUUGAAAUGCAGCUAAGGUUUCGGCCUGCGAAUGAGUGCAACACGCCUCUGCAAUAUACAAUAUAAGCUGGAUGAUAUUGGAUUAUCUCUAUUUUACGUAACCUGUAACAGAAUAAACGAACAAUCAGUA